UUUCCGGUUAUCUUCCAGCGCAUGUCUGUCCUUCCUGUCCGGCCACAGAUGAACGUGAAGCACGAGAGUUUAGCGUCGGGCGCGUAACUGGCUCCCCUGAAGCUAACUGAUUAGCAGAGUUAGCUUUCAGCUGGGAUGUCGGCGUGGCGGCGGCUUCACGGACCGGUGUGGACGGGGUGCUUGCUCUGCCGGACCGCGGUGACCCGGCGGCGCACUGCCCGCAGUGAGCGUCUGAUCCUCGGUCACAGCUUGAGCACAGGCGGACCCCUCCGAAAUGACUUCUAUAAAGACCUGGAGGCCCGGCUGGCAGCGGUGAGGGAGCAAGCGAUGGACGCUUUGAAGGGGAACAAGUGGAUCGCUUAUGAGGUCAACCCCAACCUUCCUCCAAAGGAAAUGGACAUCGUGAUCAUUGGAGGGGGUGUGAUGGGCUGGUCCAUCGCCUACUGGCUGACGCAGAUAGGGAGAGGGGUGAAGAUCAUGGUCGUGGAGAGGGACGCAACUUACUCCCAGAACUCCACGGUUCUGUCCGCAGGCGGGAUCCGGCAGCAGUUCUCCCUGCCUGAGAACAUCACCCUCUCCCUGCUCUCGGCAGACUUCCUGAGGAACAUCAACGAUUAUCUCGGCAUGAUGCACGAAGACCCUGUGGAUCUGCAGUUCAACCAUUCAGGGUACCUGUUCUUAGCCAACGAGAAGGUGGCUCACAUCAUGGAAGCAAACUACAACACCCAAAGGCAGAUCGGAGCCAAAGUUUCCCUUCUGUCUCCGGCUCAGGUGAAGGAGAGGUUUCCCUGGAUCAACACAGACGGAGUGGCGCUCGCUUCAUACGGUCUGGAGAACGAGGGCUGGUUCGACCCCUGGACUCUGCUGAACGCCUUCAGGAGGAAGGCCCUCUCCCUGGGGGUCACCCAGUGCUUCGGGGAGGUCACAGAUUUUUUUCAUACAAAAGCCAUUUUAAACACCGUGGACGGAGACACCUUCCAGCUGAGGAACAUCAGGUCCGUCAAAGUGCGGAUGCUCAACAGCCUGGACUACCAGCCGGUGGAUUGCGCCAUCGUGGUGAACGCAGCCGGAGCCUUCUCUGCGAAACUGGCAGAGAUCAUGGGAGUCGGCCUCGACCCAGAGGAGAUCAUGGCUGGAUUCACGAUUCCCGUCGAGCCCCGCAAGAGGUACGUUUAUGUGGUCCGCUGUCCUGACGGGCCAGGUCUGGACUCCCCCUUCCUCAUCGACUACUCGGGCGUUUACUUCAGAAGAGAGGGUUUAGGAGGAAACUACAUCACCGGAGUGUCGCCAGAGGAGGCCGAAGAGCCGGACAUUAGCAACCUGGAGGUGGACCACCAGUUCUUUGAGGACAAGGUUUGGCCCAAACUGGCCCAUCGAGUUCCAGCUUUUGAAAAACUGAAGGUGACGGGCUCAUGGGCAGGUUUCUACGACUACAACACCUUCGACCAGAACGGCCUCGUCGGUCUGCACCCGCUCAUCACGAACAUGUACUUCGCCACCGGCUUCAGUGGCCACGGCCUGCAGCACUCGCCGGCGGUGGGCCGGGCCUUGGCAGAACUCAUCCUGAAAGGAGGCUUUAAAACUUUGGACCUGAGCAGCUUCGGUUUCGGCCGGGUUCUGAAGAAGGAGCAGAUGUUGGAGCGGAACAUCGUGUAGCUCGGCCACAACUGGAAUCAUCUCGAUUAAAGACGGUUGGAACGCGAUCAGCUUGAGGCUCGUGGAGCUUCAAAACGUUGAAUUUACUCAAACUGUUUUAUUCAUCCGACAGAAAAAUGAUCAUUUAAAAUCAAAAACGUGAUUUAAUCUUUAUCCAAUAAAUCAAAGACAAAACCGAA